AUGUCUGUGGAAGAACUUCAGCAGUUCGAAGAUUGUUGUGCGGUUAUUGAUCAGGCGAUUACGACAGAAGAUACAGAUGGUUGGCGCUGGUUAGGGAUAAAGGAUGAGGAGUUCUCUGUAGCGGCUGUUAAGCAAUUAAUGAUGCAAGAUGAUCUAGUCCUUAAUGAAGACGAGUUUGUUUGGUGUAAAUGGAUUCCUAUAAAGUGUAAUAUCUUUAUGUGGCGGGCUGAACGUGAUCGUCUACCUACGAAAGUUGCGAUUAGGAAGAGGAACAUUGCGUUGGAAAGCGCGGAGUGUAGUUUGUGUGGUGAUCAGGAGGAAACGGCUGAACAUUUGUUUACCGGUUGUAGCAUAACAACCGGAGUGUGGCAGGCGAUCUCGGCGUGGUGUCAGAUCCCACAAAUUUUUGCUUUUUCUAUUCGGGAUCUUUUGGAUAUUCAUAAGUUCGUUGGAGGCUCAAAGAUUAAACCUAAAGUUAUUCGAGGAGUGGUUAUUGUGACGUGUUGGAAGAUUUGGAAAACCAGGAAUGAUCGGGUUUUUUCUCAGCGAGAUAGCAACGUGGCGAACAUAGUGGCGGACGUGAAGUCUAUCAGCUUUUUGUGGUUCAAACAUAGGUUCAAAAAGAAAAGUGUCGAUUGGAAUAGUUCGUGUACUCUUAACUUGAUGUAA